AUGGCCUCAUCGGCCCCUCCUCCUGACGAGACCGCCACAGUCCACUGCAGUGUAGGCUCCUUCCACUACCGUGUUGACCGCCACGUCUCUCGUGCCCUACUAGUCGCCUGCUCGACGUCCCUCGAGGAGAAAAUUAAGUUUGCAGAGAGCCAGGCGACCGCCCAACCAUGCCAAGAGUCCAAGCAGUCUAUAACGCUCGAUUUUUCAGCUACAGCACCGCAGCUCUUUGACCUGUUUACAACUUGGCUGGAUACGAUCGAGCUGCCAUCCUGGUUAAUUCAGCGAGAGGACACGAACACAGACGAGAGAUUGCGCCAGAAAGAACUCCGCGAGAGGGAGCUCGUAGCGCUCUAUACAUUCGCUGUUGAGCAUGAUGUGGACAAGCAUGAUGUGGACAAGCUGAGGCGCGAUGUGAUUAAUGCCUUUCUCUUUCGCUUCGAGAAGGGACCUCCGCCCGCUGAAUCGAUCCCGAUGCUUGUCGCAGCAAUAUUAGACCGCGAAGAGCCCUUGAUCAGGUUUAUGGCGUAUAUGGUUGCUCUGGAGCUGCCGCCGAGUAGUGUGUGGGAACGGUUGCCGUUCGGAUUCGUGGCUCGCGUGUGCGAUGCCGUCAAUAAGCUGGAGGGAGAACAUAGGCUUGAGAUAAGCGAAAGAUUGGCUACGAGGGAGGCGAUUGCAAAAGUGAGGAUUCUGGCGGAUUGGUGUAAAUGGCAUGAGCAUGAGGGGGAUGAUCGGGAGAAGCAACUAACUUGUGCGGAGGAGACGAAGAAGUGGAGGAUGAAGUGGCGGGAGGUACAGAUAAAAGUGGAUCAGGAGAAAGAGACAGAUAUGGACUCGGAGGGGAGUAAAGCAUUUCUGUAG